CGGCGGCCGCAUCACGUCCAUGCACGCGCAGACAACGCGAGGGCUAUGGCCACACAGGACCGGACAAGCUAUGAGUCGGACACGGACUCGGUCGACGUAGAUGCGGCGCAAUAUGACCGAGAAACGCUGACGGCAGAAGAGGAAGUUGAGAGGCUGUUGGCGGACUCCGGGAAGUCGCAACACGACCGUGUCCACAAUGGACGAAGCAGCAAGCGACGGAGUGGACAGAGAAUAUGGCGGGGCAGUCGCGGCGGCGAGGAAAGCGAGAUGAUGCUGAAGGUGGAGGAUGGCGCCCGAUCGAGCGAUGAUAGCGCGAGUGCGAGCGACGUCGAUGCUGGCAACGAGAAAUCGCCACGGUCCUCGUUGCAGCGGUCCAAGUACAUUCAGUGUUCUGCCCUCCAUAUCAUCGUCCUUCUGGCCUUCGUCGCCUUUGCCUUUGGCGCCUAUAAGGCAUCGCGCUCGCUCGCCGUCUCGAAGUCGUCCUCAGUGCCUCAGAUGCGAUCCAAUGGCACGCACGACUUUGCGCCGACGACCAUCUUGAUCUCACUCGAUGGCUUCCGCGCCGACUUCUUGCACCGCGGCCUCACACCCACCUUGACCUCCUUCGUGCAGCAAGGUGUCUCUCCCAAGUACAUGAUGCCCUCGUUUCCAAGCCUUACAUUUCCUAACCAUUUCACCCUCGUCACUGGCAAGUAUCCGUCCGAGCACGGCAUUGUUGGGAACAACUUCUGGGACCCUGUGAUGCGGAAACAAUUCACUUAUACGAAUUCGAGCUUGAGCAUGGUGCCUGAGUACUGGAAUGCCGAGCCUAUUUGGGAGACUGCAGAACUGCAGGGCGUGAGAGCGGCGAUUCACAUGUGGCCUGGGUCCGAAGCGCACAUUGGCGCUGUCGAGCCUGCAUACGUAGAUAAGUUCAAUAUGCACGAAGAGCUGGGCAACAAGGUCAACCGCAUACUCGGCUGGCUCGACCUACCAGGACCCUCGGAUCCUGGUGCAUCGAAUGAGACACCGCGACCGCAAUUGAUAGCAGCAUACGUUCCGAAUGUUGAUUCUGAUGGGCAUAAGUAUGGUCCUAAUUCUACCUAUAUUCGAUCCACCAUAGCUGAAGUCGACGGCAUGCUGGGUUCUUUAUUCAGUGGCAUCGAGGACCGCAACCUAACAAACAUUGUCAAUGUCGUGGUAGUAUCCGAUCAUGGCAUGGCUACCACAUCAACCACGCGAUUGAUACAGCUGGACGACAUAGUCAACUUCAAAGAGAUAGAACACAUGGACGGUUGGCCACUCUACGGCUUAAGACCCUUCGACCAGUCCGAGAAAAAGCUCAAAGAGCUCUACAACGGCCUCAAAAAGCAGGAAGCAAUCCACGAGGGAAAAUUCAAAGUCUACCUGCGAGACCACGACAUGCCGGCCCGAUACCACUUCACCAAUAACCAAAGAAUCGCCCCACUAUGGAUCGUGCCAGAAGCUGGCUGGGCCCUCGCACCCAAAUCCGAAUUCGACGUCGUAGAAGGACUGAAGAAUGGAGAAGAUUUCGCUCCUCUUGGACUACAUGGCUACGAUAAUGAUCAUCCACUAAUGCGUGCGAUUUUUGUUGCCAGAGGUCCAGCUUUUCCUCAUCCGCAAGGCAGUGAAGUGGAGCCAUUUUACAAUACGGCUGUGUAUGGGAUUAUUUGCCAGAGUUUGGGAAUUGAGGCGAAGCCGAAUAAUGGGACGGUUGAGCUUCCGUUUAAGACGGUUGGAUUGCAUGAUCCUGAGGAACAGCAUAAGAUUCUUGAUGAUCCUCCUCCGAUUAAGACUACUGGAUUGGACAGUGUGGCUUCGCCGUCUGCGAUACCAGAGCCUAUUGGAGAGGACGUGACAACAGCGAAUGGUGAGGAUCCAGAAGCGGCGGCUCCUGAAAACACAGAGUCUGGGGAGGAAACAGGUGAAGUAGCGGGUGACGAGAGCACAUCGUGGAGACAAUGGGUUGAUGGAAAGAUAGAAAGUUUCAAGCAUUGGGUUACAGGAAUUUUUGGUGAGCACAAGAAGACGUCAGACUCGACGAAGGAUACGAGUAGUGUCAGAUAGACGGAAAGUAUCUGCG